AUGGCUGCAGUGAGGCCUCCCUACAUCUGUCUAACUUGCAAAAUACACAGCAGACGAAUACUCACUGGCUCUCCAUUCCGCCGGGGCUUCUUCAGCUCCCAUCCUCAACUCUCCUCAAAUACCUCAUCCCGCCCACCUACUGCCCCCAAACCAAUCCCAGACAUAAAACACAUCCGCGAAAAUGCCGCUCUCUACUCCCAAAACUGCAUUGACCGCAAUUACUCAGAUCUGGCCCAAUACCCAUAUAGGAUCCAGCGCCUGUCCGCAGAAUCCCGCGAGCUGCAGGAUGCUCUACGAGAACCACACCGCCAAAUUAAACAGAUUGAAUCCUCCAUCGCAAAGCUCAUGAUCUCCUCGCGCAAUCCAGAUAUAGAAGAAUCCCAGAAACGAAAGACAGAAGAAGAGCUCUCCUCCCUUCGCCUCUCCGCGCAAACCCUCAAAGACAAAUCCAACCACCUAACAACAGCCCGAACAAACCAUACUAAAGAAAUAGAACGCCUCGCCCUCUCCCUCCCAAACCUCACCAGUCCCCAGACACCCGCAGGUCCCGAACCAUCUCUCAUAAACUACAUAAACUACGACCCCACCUCUCCCUCAACCACCCCCUUGCCAACCCACCACACCUCCCACGUCACCAUCGGCACAUCCCUCAACCUCCUCAACUUCACCAGCGCCUCCCUAACCAGUGGCUGGGGCUGGUACUACCUAACCAACGAAGCCGCCCUGCUCGAACAAGCCCUAAUUCAGUAUGCUCUCAGUGUCGCCUUACGGCGGGGGUGGCAGGCCAUCUCCCCGCCGUCUCUGGUCUAUUCGCACAUUGCGCACGCAUGCGGUUUCCAACCGCGCGACGCGAACAAUGAGCAGCAGGUGUAUCACAUCGAGCAGAGUGAGAGGGAUGUCGAGAGGAGGCGGCCGGGACGGUGUCUGGCGGGCACGGCGGAGAUUCCGCUUGCGGCUAUAUUUGCCGGUCAGGAGAUGGCAGCGAACCAGUUGCCGGUGAAGGUGGUGGGGGUUAGCAGGUGUUUUAGGGCGGAGGCUGGGGCCAGGGGGGCGGAUACAAAGGGGCUGUAUAGGGUUCAUGAGUUUACGAAGGUGGAGUUGUUCGGAUGGGCGGUGCCAGAUGAAGCUGCAGAGGGGACUGAUGGAUGCACGGCUACGACUCCUGUUAAGGGGGCCAGUGGCAGUGGAAUUGGAAAGGGAUCGGUAACGACAUCAUCUCUCUUCUACGAAAUCCUCGAUCUACAAACUGAAAUCCUCACUGCGCUCAACCUCCCCUGCCGCGUGCUGGAGAUGCCCACGCAAGACCUUGGCGCCAGUGCUUUCCGCAAGCGGGAUAUUGAGGUCUUGUUUCCCUCUCGGAUGGUCUCGCAUUCAACUUCUGCCAAUGCCCGUGCUAAUGCAAAGGAUACCACCAUUGACAUUGAAUCCGGCUGGGGUGAAGUUACCUCCGCUUCUAUCUGCACCGAUUACCAAACUAGACGGCUAGGGACGAGGAUGAAGGCUGGUAAUGGUGGUGGGUCGAAGUUCCCGCAUACGGUCAAUGGGACGGCGAUGGCGGUGCCGAGGAUCAUUGCGGCGUUGUUGGAACAUGGGUGGGACGAGAGUAGGGGGGUUGUGGUAUUGCCUGAAGUAUUGAGGGGGUGGAUGGGGGGGAAGAGGGUUAUUGGGGGAAAAGAGGAAUCAUAG